AUGGCUACUCCUCGCAUAUCCACGCUCCUCCCAAGGACAUUGCGUCGUGUACCCUUUGCCAGAUACCAUUGUCUCCAAAACACAAGGCGCCAGGCUCAUACAGUAGCUAGGGGGAAUGUAGAGAGCUCUACAAGAGUGUUGCCUUUCAUUGGCUUUGCUGCAGCUCUCACAGCCUUGACGCUAUACUCUACGUCUUCUACUACGCCCAUCUCCCUCGAAGCCCCCACAAUUGCCAAACUCGAUGAACAAACAAAGCGCCAAACAGAAAUAACCUCGUCCUCUCCCAUGCGACUGCGCAUGGAGAAGCUGAUCAAAGAGCAGCAGAAGCGCAUCAUCGACGAACUCGCUAAGAUAGAUGGCAACUCCUUUACAAUAGAUGAAUGGAACCGCCCCAACGGCGGAGGAGGCAUCUCGUGCGUUUUGCAGGAUGGAAACGUAUUCGAGAAGGCCGGAGUUAACGUCUCGGUCGUAUAUGGAAAGUUGCCUCGCCCGGCAAUUGAGAAGAUGCGUGCAGACCAUAAAUCUUUCGUGUCUGCGGAUGUGGAUUCAUUGGAUUUCUUUGCUGCUGGACUAUCGCUUGUCCUUCAUCCAAAGAACCCUAUGGCACCUACAGUCCACUUGAAUUACCGGUACUUUGAAACAGCUGAUCCCAAGGACGUUGUUAACGGCCAGACAAACUGGUGGUUCGGCGGUGGCACUGACCUGACCCCAUCAUACCUCUUCCCCGAAGACUGCGAGCAUUUCCAUAAAACGAUAAAGGACGUCUGCGAUAAGCAUGAUACGUCAUAUUUCCCACAAUUCAAGGCUUGGUGCGAUAAAUAUUUCUAUCUCCCGCACAGGAAUGAAGCUAGAGGAAUUGGCGGAAUAUUCUUCGACGACCUCGAUACAGAAUUCAUCCGCCAAUCUUCGCCGCACUUAGCCUCAACGUCAAAUAAAGAAGCACAGGAACGGAUUUUCUCGUUUGUCACGGAUGGUUUAUGCUCGUUCCUGCCUUCAUAUGUCCCCAUCUUGAACAAGCGUAAGGAUAUGCCUUUCACAGAGCAGCAGAAGGAUUGGCAACAGCUUCGUCGCGGGCGAUAUGUGGAAUUCAACCUUGUGCAUGAUCGAGGCACGAGUUUUGGACUGCGUACUCCUGGCGCAAGGAUUGAGAGUAUAUUGAUGAGCUUACCCCGAACUGCGAAAUGGGUAUAUAUGGAUCCCGUGUCAGGGACCAGAACUGAUGGCAUAGAGUCUGAGGAAGUUGAGGGUAUGGAGAAAGAGAAGGAAUUGCUAGACGUGCUUAAACAUCCACGGGAAUGGGUGUAA